UGUCGGCGGAGCGGCUCUGCGUUUGGGGGACGGGAGGUGCCGGGCGAGCCCGGUAAGCGCAGCCCGCGCUCAUCGUUAGCGGCGUUCUCCAGUUCGGGCUGCGCUCAGUGAGGAUCGGGUACCUUCCGUGGUGCGACGCAGCAUGUCGGAGGGCGAGGCCAAACAGGCGCCGAGCGGCGGCUCCGACCCCAAGCCGGACUCUGCCUCGUCGGGGCCGGGGAUGACCUCGGUGUCCGCGCCCGUGACUUCCGCGGCUCCCCCGGAGGAGGAGGAGGAGGAGGAAGAGAGCGAGGACGAAUCCGAGAUCCUCGAGGAGUCCCCGUGCGGCCGCUGGCAGAAGCGGCGUGAGGAGGUGAAUCAGCGCAACGUGCCGGGCAUCGAUAGUGCCUACCUGGCUAUGGAUACAGAGGAAGGUGUGGAAGUUGUUUGGAAUGAGGUUCAGUUUUCUGAACGGAAGAACUUUAAACUUCAGGAGGAGAAAGUUAAAGCAGUGUUUGACAACUUAAUUCAGUUGGAACAUCUGAACAUUGUAAAGUUUCACAAAUACUGGGCUGAUGUGAAGGAGAAUAAAGCCAGAGUAAUCUUCAUCACUGAAUAUAUGUCUUCAGGGAGCUUGAAACAGUUUCUGAAGAAGACAAAGAAGAACCACAAAACUAUGAAUGAAAAGGCCUGGAAGCGAUGGUGUACCCAGAUCCUUUCUGCCCUCAGCUACCUCCACUCCUGUGACCCUCCAAUCAUCCAUGGCAACCUGACCUGCGACACCAUCUUCAUUCAGCACAAUGGAUUGAUCAAAAUUGGCUCAGUGGCACCAGACACGAUAAACAACCACGUGAAGACGUGUCGGGAGGAGCAGAAGAACCUGCACUUCUUUGCUCCGGAAUAUGGAGAAGUUGCCAAUGUUACCACUGCUGUGGAUAUUUAUUCCUUUGGGAUGUGUGCCCUGGAGAUGGCAGUGCUGGAAAUACAGGGUAAUGGAGAGUCAUCUUACGUGCCCCAGGAGGCCAUUAACAGUGCCAUCCAGCUGCUGGAGGACCCCUUGCAGAGGGAGUUCAUUCAGAAGUGUCUAGAACAGGACCCAGGCAAACGUCCUACAGCCCGGGAGCUCCUUUUUCAUCAGGCAUUGUUUGAGGUGCCAUCAUUAAAGCUGCUUGCUGCUCACUGCAUCGUCGGCCAUCAGCAUAUGAUUCCUGAAAACGCUUUAGAAGAAAUGACCAAAAACCUCGACAUGAGUGCCGUGUUGGCAGAGAUCAACCAUGCGGACAGGGAAGGAGUCAAAAUGAUAUUCUCACAGUCUCCAGCACUGGAGCUGGACAAGUUCCUGGAGGACGUAAGGAAUGGUAUCUACCCACUCACAGCUUUUGGGAUGCCACGACCUCAGCAGCCCCAGCAGGUGGUGGUGAAGUCUCCCAUUGCUCCACCAUCAGUAAAAACCCCAACUCCAGAGCCGGCAGAGGUGGAAACCCGCAAGGUGGUGCUGAUGCAGUGCAACAUUGAGUCAGUAGAGGAGGGAGUGAAGCACCAUUUAACACUGCUGCUGAAACUGGAAGACAAGUUGAAUCGACACUUGAGUUGUGACCUGCAGCCCAAUGAUAAUAUCCAAGAACUGGCAGCUGAAUUGGUCCAGCUUGGAUUCAUCAGUGAGGCUGACCAGAGCAGACUUACCUGUUUACUUGAAGAGGCAUUCAGCAAGUUCUACUACACCCGGAACGGAGCUCUGACGGCAGUGACGGUGUCAUCGUAGCAUCCCUUGGCUCCAGGGCGGCCGGUGCAGCUUUGUUGCCUGUGACCCCUUCUGUGUCUGUCCAUCACCGUAGGGCAUCAGCAAGCCCCCAGCUGCAGUGCUUGGAAGCUCAUCCUGCAUGUGCUGUGGCUGGGCCCAGCAACAAUCCUCCCUGCCCGCCUAUUAAAGGGGACUUUGCGCAUCA